GAUAUAUGGUGAGUGUGGGAUCCGUGGCGGUUACGCUGAAAUCAUUAACAUGGAUCCGAAAGUGAUGAAGGUGCUAUUGAAGUCAAUUUCUACGAUAUAUCCUACCGUGCUCGGCCAGAUUGUGUUGGACGUUGUAAUGAUUCCACCGCGAUCGAAUGAGCAAUCGUUCGAACUGUUCCAGAAGGAGAAGGAAAAAUUCUUGCGUUCACUUGCGGAGAAAUCGCAGCUCAUUGACGACAUACUCAAUAAUAUUCCAGGAUAUAAAGCAAAUCCGCCGAUGGGUGCGAUGUACGCGUUUCCACGCUUCGAGCUGCCAUCGAAGGCGAUUGAGGCAGCGCGAGCGAAAGGCCAGGAACCAGACGUCUUCUACGCGUCCGAAUUAUUAGAGAAUACUGGGAUUUUAGUGCUCCCAGGUUCAUACUUCGGUCAAAUACCUGGUACGAAUCAUUUCCGCACUACGAUACUGCCGCAAAAGAAGAAAAUCGAAACAAUGCUCGAAACGCUGAAGCUAUUCCACAUCAAAUUUCUUAAGAAAUACAGUUAA